GUCAAAACCAUGAAGGGAAAGACUGUGUUAGGGGUCGCUGCUGGAAGGUUUCACACUGUUCUGUGGAUUAAAGAUGCUGUUUAUACAGUGGGAUUGAAUGGUGGCCCGUUAGGAUACUUGCAAGAUCCUAAUGGAGAAAAAUUUGUAAGUUGUCCUCGCCAAGUAUCCGCACUUCAUCAUAAAGAUAUAAACAUAACUCUUGUGUCAGCAAGUGAUGGCGCUACAGUUUGUGUCAGUGAAAGGGGAGAUAUUUACCUUCUGUCCGAGUAUCAGUGCAAAAAGCUUGCAUCAAAACAGCUAAACCUGAAGAAAGUUCUUGUUUCAGGGGGCUUUUUGGAACACAAGGCAGCUCCUGAGCAUCUUAAAGAGAAUGGCGGCCAGCCUGCAAGUGUUUUUGCUUUGGAUCAAGCUGGAAGGGUUUUUUGCUGGAAGUCACCUGGCAGUUCACUGAAACAGUGCUGGUGGGUUUAUGGUCGCCUAUUAUUUAUGUCUGAAGUUGCUUUAAAUAAGAAUGAAAUCAUGUUUGUAACACAAGAUGGGAAGGAUUUACUGGAAAGUGGAUGCUGGAAAAGAAAAAGAAAGGUUCCUAGGCUGGUGGAAGGUCUUCGUGGUCAUCCAUGUACUCAGGUCGCUGGAGCAAAGGAUCACACAGUAGUUCUAACGGAAGAUGGAUAUGUUUACACAUUUGGACUAAAUACAUUUCAUCAACUUGGAAUUCAGCCGCCCCCUCCAAAUUCAAAUGUUCCAAGGCAGAUUCAGGCCAAAACCAUGAAGGGAAAGACUGUGUUAGGGGUCGCUGCUGGAAGGUUUCACACUGUUCUGUGGAUUAAAGAUGCUGUUUAUACAGUGGGAUUGAAUGGUGGCCCGUUAGUAUACUUGCAAGAUCCUAAUGGAGAAAAAUUUGUAAGUUGUCCUCGCCAAGUAUCCGCACUUCAUCAUAAAGAUAUAAACAUAACUCUUGUGUCAGCAAGUGAUGGCGCUACAGUUUGUGUCAGUGAAAGGGGAGAUAUUUACCUUCUGUCCGAGUAUCAGUGCAAAAAGCUUGCAUCAAAACAGCUAACCCUGAAGAAAGUUCUUGUUUCAGGGGGCUUUUUGGAACACAAGGCAGCUCCACCUGAGCAUCUUAAAGAGAAUGGUGGCCAGCCUGCAAGUGUUUUUGCUUUGGAUCAAGCUGGAAGGGUUUUUUGCUGGAAGUCACCUGGCAGUUCACUGAAACAGUGCUGGUGGGUUUAUGGUCGCCAAUUAUUUAUGUCUGAUGUUGCUUUAAAUAAGAAUGAAAUCAUGUUUGUAACACAAGAUGGGAAGGAUUUACUGGAAAGUGGAUGCUGGAAAAGAAAAAGAAAGGUUCCUAGGCUGGUGGAAGGUCUUCGUGGUCAUCCAUGUACUCAGGUCGCUGGAGCAAAGGAUCACACAGUAGUUCUAACGGAAGAUGGAUAUGUUUACACAUUUGGACUAAAUACAUUUCAUCAACUUGGAAUUCAGCCGCCCCCUCCAAAUUCAAAUGUUCCAAGGCAGAUUCAGGCCAAAACCAUGAAGGGAAAGACUGUGUUAGGGGUUGCUGCUGGAAGGUUUCACACAGUUCUGUGGACUAAAGAUGCUGUUUAUACAGUGGGAUUGAAUGGUGGCCAGUUAGGAUACUUGCAAGAUCCUAAUGGAGAAAAAUUUGUAAGUUGUCCUCGCCAAGUAUCCGCACUUCAUCAUAAAGAUAUAAACAUAACUCUUGUGUCAGCAAGGGAUGGCGCUACAGUUUGUGUCAGUGAAAGGGGAGAUAUUUACCUUCUGUCCGAGUAUCAGUGCAAAAAGCUUGCAUCAAAACAGCUAAACCUGAAGAAAGUUCUUGUUUCAGGGGGCUUUUUGGAACAUAAGGCAGCUCCUGAGCAUCUUAAAGAGAAUGGUGGCCAGCCUGCAAGUGUUUUUGCUUUGGAUCAAGCUGGAAGGGUUUUUUGCUGGAAGUCACCUGGCAGUUCACUGAAACAGUGCUGGUGGGUUUAUGGUCGCCAAUUAUUUAUGUCUGAUGUUGCUUUAAAUAAGAAUGAAAUCAUGUUUGUAACACAAGAUGGGGAAGGGUUUACUGGAAAGUGGAUGCUGGAAAAGAAAAAGAAAGAUAUAUUUGCAAUCAUGGAGAUCUGAAAGGACAGAAGUUUGAGUGGAGGGCUGUCCCUCCCUCUACAUCCUUCUAUAUAUUGCUGCUGGACUUAUGCCUUUAACAUAACAAGAAUAUAUUGCAC